UAAUAGUAAACAAACAAUAAUUUAUUUGUUAUUCAUAAGUUGUGGUUGUGAUUUUUGUGAAUAUAUUUGAUAAAACAGUGGUUUUGCAUUAAAAUAUGGAAGAAGAUUACGAAGACAGGCCUUGGAAUAGUGGAGACCCAGACAAUGAGGAUGAUGGUCUUGAUGAAUCUGAGUCCCCAGAACAAAUCCUGGCCGAAUGCGCGGUUAGAUUUGCCACUCCCGAUUAUAUUAUGGAGCCAGGCAUAUUUUCCCAGCUGAAGCGCUAUUUCCAAGCCGGAGGAAACCCUUUGCAAGUCAUAGAAGAGUUGUCUCAAAACUAUACUGCUGUUGCUCAAAUGGCUAAUUUGAUUGCUGAGUGGCUCAUCAUUGGAGGUGUAAAAGUCCAAGAUGUUCAAGCUAUGGUCGAAAACCAUCUCAAAGAAAUGAUUUUGAAAUCUUUUGACCCUAAAAAAGCUGACACCAUUUUCACUGAGGAAGGUGAAACUCCUGCUUGGCUUACCCAGCUAAUUGAACACCCCACUUGGCGAUCACUGAUUUAUAGGCUAGCAGAAGAAUAUCCUGAUUGUUUAAUGUUGAAUUUUACAAUUAAACUAAUAUCUGAUGCUGGUUUUCAAGGAGAAAUCACCAGCAUAUCGACAGCAGCUCAACAAUUGGAAGUCUUUUCAAGAGUAGUGAAAACUUCAAUUACCAGCUUUUUGACUCAUCCUGAUGAAUGGCAAACUACUAGCAAAGAAUGUGCAAAAAUGGUUUGCCACGGACAACACACUUAUGUCUACAGCCAAUUGGUGAUACACAUUUUGGCCAGAGAAAAUAAAGGGGGUUCCAGCAUGAAAAGAUUGUCGCAAGAAAUUACAAAGUGUGCUCAAAAAGACGGUCACGAUGUGACACCUAUUACAAUGGCUUUAAAUGGAGCUUCAGCUUACCCUCAAGCACUACAAGCUCUCAGUGCCAUGUUGUCAAAGAAUACUUUAAAUCCUGCUGAUAUUUCUGUUCUGUUCAGGAAUUACAAUGGUACAGAUCCACCUCCUAUUGAUUUGAUAAGGACUCCACAGUUUCUGGAACUCUUAGUAGAAUCUCUCUUCAAACCUGGCGUCAAAUUAAAUCCUGACCACAAGCCUAAAUACAUACAUUUGCUGGCCUAUGCUGCUAGUGUCAGUGAAGUCCUUCCCAAAAAGGGCCAAAAACGGGUGUGCAACAAGGACGAAUUACAACCAACAAUUCGUGCAAUAGAAACUGUUCACAAUAUUUGCAAUGGCAACAAGGGCAGCAGCGAAUUGAUGGCCGAACUGGCAACAAUUUAUCAAUCAUUAAGAUUUCCAGUAGUUUCUCUAGGAGUAAUUCGCUGGGUUGAAUGCACAGUAACUGAACCAAGCUACUUCAAACUAUCAACUGAACACACUCCAAUACACUUGGCCUUGUUGGAUGAAGUAGUAACUUGCCAUAUGCCUUUGCACAAUCAAGUUUUAGAGUUGCUGGUACGUCUAUUUGAGUCCAAACAGGAUGAAUUGGAAAUUCUGGUGCAACUAGAAAUGCGAAAAAUGGUUCUAGACAGGAUGGUCAACCUUUUGUGUUCAGGUUGUGUGGUUCCUGUGGUCAAAUAUAUCAAGCAGUGUUGGCAAAAGGGCGACACUGAUAUUUCUUUGAUAAGGUAUUUUGUUACUGAGGUUUUGGAAACUAUUGGGCCUCCGUACAGUUCGGAGUUUGUGCAUUUGUUUAUGCCUAUGGUUGAAAAUGAUGAAAUUACUGGUACUAUGCGUGGAGAUGGUGAAAAUGAUCCUGUUUCUGAGUUUAUAGUGUAUUGCAAGGCAAACUAUACCCAGGUGGCCUAAGAUGUCUAUAAAUAACCAGUAGUUUUUGUUAAUAUAGUAUAGAUAGAGUAAGUCAUUUUUUUUAAAUAUAUUUUUGUUGCUUUUAUUUUUUUUUGUUUUUUGCACAAAGAGUGAGUGAGAAAAGCUGAGAAAAACUAGAAAAUGCAGGAGUAAAGUUAGGGAAAUUCAAAAACCAACCUAUAUGUAGUUUGAAAUUUAUUUGAGACAAUUUAGAACAAAAAACUCCAACAAAUAUCAAAAUGUACUAAAAAUCUUGUAUCCUCAAACAGUCCUUAUAUUUUAUAUUACAUUUGUGUCUACAUAACAAUUCAAAAAUAAUAAUGGUAGAAUUCAAAGAACUAAAAAAAUUAUGUAAAAAUCCCUUUGAUUAAUUUUACUCCUAAUGUAAAGAAUUAUAGAAAAAUAAUUUCUAAAUUACUGAACGGUCAAUGUAGUUAAAAAAUCCAAUUGCAAAAUAAGAAGUUCCUGCUUCGUAUUAAAAUUCUUAAACUAAAAUUGCAAGUUUUCUUCUACUCGGAUGACUCAGAAGCCAACUUUUUUUUCUUUUUCAUCUUUUUUUCGCUGCUGCCUGGCUGAGGUGUUGCAGCUGCCGCCUCCAUCGACUCGUCAGCUUCCUGCUUCACUUUCUUCUUCUUUUUCUUUUUUUCUGAAGUAGGCUGUUCAGCUUCAGGUGCUUCUUCUUUAAUAGACUCCUCUUGUUCUUGCUUGGCUUUCUUCUUUUUCUUUUUAGGAGUCUGUUCUUCAGCUACAAUUAAAAAAAAAUAUUGUGAAACACUAAACUCAAAAAAAAAUAAAAAAAAUUACCUUCAACUACUUGCAUCUCCUCUUGUUUGACCUUCUUUUUCUUCUUCUUCUUCUCACCAACUUCCUGCUUGACUUCAACUUCUUCUUCCUGCUUAACUUCAGACUCGUCCCUCUUUCUUUUGCUUGUAGAAGGCAAAGUACUAUCAGCCGCAUCAGGAUAUUGCUUAAUUUCACUGACACCCUGGUAUUUUUCAAAUUUAGCUUUUGCUUUGCCUGUGCCACUGAGUCUUUUAACAUUGCCUUCUUCAAGAGCUCUCAAUCUAGCCUCUAAUUUAGCCCUAUGCUCAACACCUAAAUUAAUAGUGACAUCAUCACCUAAAGCAUCUACCCUUGUGGCUAGAGAUGCUUUGGCUGCUAACAUCCUAGACAUUUUCCCUUUGUUUUUGGUACUACUCUGACCUACUAAUUGUGCAUGGUAAAUCAAACCGUAUUUAGGAGUGUCUUUUUUGCUUUUCAAGGCUCUAAAUAAUGCUUUCUCUGCACCCAAAAUCUGCACAGUUGAAGCUGGAUGUUUGGCCAAAUUAAUAAGAGAACCAGCAUGUGCAAUAAGCCUGGCCCCAACAAGAUCUCCAACUAAAACUGUUAGAUUAGGAGCCAUUGCCAUCAUCCUAUUUUUCAAAUAAUCAUACAAUUGUUGCCUAUAAUUAGUCAUAUCAACAAUUUGGUCACAAAGAUUGAUAACAUUUUCAAUAUCUUCUUCAGAUAUUUCAGUGCCCAUUGAAAUUUCAGCCGCUUCUUUGACUUUUUCUUCUAUGUCUUCAGGUAGCAAAUCAGACAAAUCCGAACUACCUGCAUGUUCUCUUGUUCCAAUAACCUUAACAGUUUUUGCAUAAGCCAUAUUGUCAGCAACAAUUUUGCCUAAUUCUGGAAAAUGCCAUCCGUACCAUUCUCUACACCUCAUUGUGUAAUUGUUCAAUUCCUUAUCCAAAUCGUCCAAUAAAGAAACAGCUUGGACUAUCAUAGUGUCAACCUUAUCAGGUGAAAACUUCAAUUUGUAUCUGGACAAGGAAUGGGCUAGACCCAAAACCAUAGCGGUCAUUUCUUUCUUUGGAGUGUCCAAGAUUAGACUGUCCAAUUGGGAGCGGAUGCAUCGCAUCAAUUCUUGAACGGCGCUGCUGGAUACGCAUUGCAGACUGUACUUUUCUUUGAUGGCCGAGCCUAGUUUCGCGUCGGCCACUAGCAAUUGCUCGUGCAUGUCGGUUGUGACAUGGUUUUUGAGGACGUUUUUGAGACUUUUUGAUAUUUUGCCUUCUACAGCUGCUGUGGUCGCUACCAAAGCUUCUGUGAUAUCUUUGAACUUUUCAAAGUG